AUGUCAUACGCACAAGCAGCAGCUUCAGGUCCACAACAGACUGAUGAGGAGAAACGUGCCCCUGCCCCGCCAUCUGUCGUCCCCACCGAAAGCGCCUCCACCUCUUCCUUAAUUGACGUCGACACCGAUUCCGUGCAUACUGUUCCUUCAGACUUUCAGUCACAACCAGUUCAAACCGAGACACAAGCUAAUCGCCUCGAGCAAGAGGCUGAAGAAAUCGAAGCCAAGAUCCGCGCUGCAAAGGAUGCAUCUGCCAAAAAAUCAAAGAAGGGCAAGAGCCGUGUCCAAGAGAACAGCGAUAACCCAGUAGUCAUUGGAAAUGCAAUUGCUGUUGCGGCAUUGAGCACUGGUUUAGGAUUUGGAGCAUAUCAAAAGUACGCAAAGGGAGAAUUGACAUGGAAGGUUGUCGGUGCGUGGGCUGGUGUGGUGGGUGUUUUGGCUGUUGGAGAUUAUUACCUGAGCUCGUACCUUUUCAAGACCAAGUACCCAGCCAAGAAGUAA